UGCCGUCUCCAUGACUUAAAAGUUUUGUUCGGAAUGAAAGCAGAGAGCUAGUUGUCCGCCGGUCGGCAUGCCUGACGCACGCGUGUGUAGCGCUCGGGUGUAACUUCUCCGUGGAUAUACGAGUUCAAAUUUGUUUUCCAAACAUCUUUAAAUAAAGUUGACGUUUUCGUACGUGGCGUAAGAUAUUUAUUGACGAAUAAAGUGAAUAUUUACGCUGUUUACAUAGUGUUGUUUAUUUUUUUGUGAAACUGCAACGUGUUUGGUUCAACGGACUACAGAGAUAGACUGAUAGUAUGCUGUUGGUUGAGAAAAAGUAACUUUUAAAAGACUUUUUGUGUUAGUGUUGUGAUUAUAAAAACAAUGUAUUUGAUGAAUGUUCGGACUAUCGGCGCCUUAGCCGUUGUGGUGCGAUGGUUCGUGUUCGUGCUGAUCGGAGUUGGGUGGCAGGUUAGAUCCCAGACUGUACAACAGACUUCGGAAGUGGAUAGUUCAUAUAAUUUUUACUACGAACAACCAUGUUGCUCCGGUCCUGUGACUAAAAGCAAGUAUCAUAUGAGACAUAGACGAGAUCAUGUUCGUGAAUUCUCCUGUGGCACGCUGUACUACAGGACCUUCUUCGUUGAUUCCAAACGGGACGCCCUUUACGUCGGUGCUAUGGAUCGGUUGUACCGGCUGAAUAUGAAUAACAUUAGUGCGUCGCAUUGCGAAAGAGACUCGAUAAGUCUGGAGCCGAGCAACGUGGCACAAUGCGUAUCAAAAGGAAAAUCGGAGCACUUCGAUUGCCGGAACCACGUCCGCGUGAUACAACCAAUGGGCGACGGAUCUCGUCUCUACGUCUGCGGUACUAACGCGCACAGUCCUAAAGACUGGGUACUUUAUUCGAACUUAACGCACCUGGCGCGCCACGAGUACGUGCCAGGCAUCGGCAUGGGAGUCGCCAAAUGUCCAUACGACCCGGCGGACAAUUCAACAGCUCUGUGGGUGGAAAAAGGAAACCCGGGCAGCCUUCCCGCUCUCUACUCCGGCACUAAUGCGGAAUUCACCAAAGCCGAUACAGUGAUCUUCAGAACAGAUUUGCAUAACUUGACGACGGGACGCCGGGAGUUUUCUUUUAAGAGAACGUUGAAGUACGAUUCCAAGUGGCUUGACAAACCGAACUUCGUGGGAUCAUUCGACGUUGGAGAAUACGUUUUAUUCUUCUUUCGAGAGACAGCCGUCGAAUAUAUCAAUUGCGGUAAAGCAGUGUAUUCAAGAGUUGCCAGAGUUUGCAAGCGGGAUACUGGAGGCAAGAACAUCCUUAGCCAGAACUGGGCCACGUAUUUAAAAGCGAGGUUGAAUUGCAGCAUUCCUGGGGAGUUCCCUUUCUACUUCAACGAAAUACAGAGCAUCUACAAAGUCCCUGGAGACGACAGCAGAUUUUAUGGUGUUUUUACCACCGCAUCCACGGGUCUUAUGGGUUCCGCAAUUUGCACUUUUACCAUUGGCGACAUUCAGAAGGCCUUUGAAGGGAAAUUUAAAGAGCAGGCCUCGUCCAGUUCUGCUUGGCUGCCAGUUAUAAGCAGUAAAGUGCCCGAACCACGGCCAGGAACUUGUGUCAACGAUACUGCGUCUUUGCCCGAUACCGUAUUGAAUUUUAUAAGGUCUCAUCCCUUAAUGGAUAGCGCAGUAUCACACGAGAACGAGAAGCCUAUCUAUUACAAGAGGGAUUUAUUCUUCACUCGCCUAGUCGUGGAUAGGGUGAAGGUCGACAUGUUAGGACACCAACUCGACUACACCGUCUACUAUGCUGGCACAAACGAGGGAAAAAUCCACAAGAUUGUGCAAUGGUCUCGAAAUGGUGAUAGCCAAUCUGCUCUGCUUGAUAUUUUCGACGUCACGCCAAAUGAACCUAUACAGGCUAUGGCCAUAUCCGGGGUUCAUGGAUCCCUUUACGCAGCAUCCGACAGAAGAGUAUUGCAACUGCGUCUCGCUUUGUGUGCGCGGAGAUACGACGCCUGCGUGCGCUGUGCCCGGGAUCCUUACUGCGGUUGGGACCAGGAUAGUGGAGUCUGCCGGGAAUACGUGCCGGGAUUAAUCCAAGACGUAGCGAAUGAAACUGCGGAUAUUUGCGACUCGUCAAUCGCGCGCAAGAGCGUAUCAGCGACUUGGGGUCAAAGCCUUCAUCUUGGCAGUUUCGUCAAAAUGCCUGAAGUGCUUCAACCGAGAGCUGUCACGUGGUACCACUACUCCAGAGAGAAGGGACGACAUCCCAUCACGUUUAACAAACCUGAGAAAUACAUUGAGACUUCUGAACACGGAUUGUUGAUUAUCUCUGUGAAUGAAGCCGAUGCUGGCAGAUACGAUUGCUGGCUUGGUGGUUCCUUACUUUGCUCAUACAAUAUUACAGUUGAUACUCACAGGUGUUCCCCGCCCGAAAAGAGUAAUGAAUACCAAAAAAUAUACUCCAAUUGGUGUCACGAAUUCGAAAAGUAUAAAACAGCGAUGAAGACUUGGGAAAGAAAGCAGGAGCAAUGCGCGAGACAAAAUGACUCGAAUCAGAACACACAUCCAAAUGAAAUAGUGUGAUAGCUCCUGAACAUCGCCUAUCUCAUGUUUCAAUCCGUUAACUACUACGCAGGAGCGAUACCCGUGCCGUACGUGUCGGCUGGCCUGAAGUAUUUCAACAUAUUCUCGUGAGAAAAUCCGUCACAACACAUCCGCUCCAGAUAAAUUCAUAGCAAUUCUAUAAUGUACGAGCUCAAGACUGUAGUGUAUUUAUUCAACCGUGACCCAUAGCUUUUCUAUAAACAUAUUGAAAUAUAGUGAAAAUUAGUGCAACGUUCCAACUGUCCGCCGGGAACAUGAGAAGGUGAUUGGACACUCAAAAUUAUAACGGACAUUAUUAUUAUUAUUAAAAAUUUCAAUGGAACGAUAUAAUUACGAGCGUUGUGAGUUGCUUUGUUGGUAAAUGGUAUGUAAAAAUGAUUUAGAAAUCUAAAUUAUCAAAAUGUAAGUACGCUUUGUUCGUUGGGUAAGUGAAUAGAGAAAUUGUUAGAGUUAUCGAAUGGAAUUAGUUUUGAUAUACUUAGGCGAGUUUUAUAGACGUUCCUUUGCAUUUAUUAUUAUAAUUUGAAAAGAGUAUUUUAAUUAUAGUCGUAAUUGAUAUCUGAUAAUAUAAUUUUAAAGAGCUAUAUAAGAUUCGUCAUUAUUUAUGUGGGUAUGGGCGAUUUCUUUUUAACAUACGAUCAAGUGGUUUAUUUCGUAGUACAUUAACGAUGCAAGUAUAAAGAUAGCUAGUAUCAUACGUUACUACAUCGCCGUCGUAAUUUGAAAUCUCCGAGGGUUGUGGGAGGGGACGCCUCAUUAUUUUUCCCCUAUUUGUGUAAAUAGUUACCUAAUUUCGUUCGACUGUACCUAUUUAUAAGUGUACGUAUAGUAUGCACGUCCCUAAUGGUAAUGUAUAAUUUAAGCCUGUGAUAUAAUAAGAAAACUCGUUUAGGAAAAUGUAUUUUUAAGUAAUAAAUUGUGGAAUGCAUUUAAGUCUAAAUUGUCAUUGACGCAAUCGAAUGCUUACUUUUAAACAUUAGUUAUUUUUAUUUAUUAUCCCCUUAUAUGAAAUAGUAAAUAAACUAAGCAUUGUAGUUAGUGCACAAGCUAUAUUCAUAAUAAAAAAAUACGGUUAGAUCCGUCAGUCAUUAGGCAGGGUAACGUGUGGACACGAUCCAAGUAGAGUUCAUAAAAUCGACUUUAUUUCAUGUUCUAACUUAUUUUGGCAGCCAAUUUUAUGAACUCAAUAAGUCUCAUAAGAGCUCAUAAUCAAUAGAUUAUAUUGUCAAUGCAUUAUGUUUACAUCAUGUUUAUUUGAUAAUUACUAAAUGACAUAAACAAUCCCCACAAAUAUUCAAACUGUGAAUGAGUUUGUCCAUUACGUUUCACAGCUAAUUUGCUGGUGAUUUUAAAAAAAGUUUUGGAUAUAGCUGAAACAUAGACAGGCUUUUUAGGAAAAAACCUUAUACACGGGCAAAACAGCGAAUAAACACUAGUUUUAUGUAUGUUUAAUAAAUUUUAGGUAUCAAAUAAAAAUGAAAUUAUGUUUUUUUCUUAUUUUAAUUAUUGAACAAUGUUCACUUUUAUACAUUAUGUAUUAAAUGUUGUGUAAAAUGAUUAAGUAAAGAGCAUAAAAGAAACAAUGUUUACUGUACACUAAUCAACUUUUUGUCUUGCGUAAUCUUAGUCUCAACUUUAAUGGAGGAAAGCGAAGUUAUAAGAGCCAUAAUAACUUUCUCAGUACUUAUUACCCUGCAAUAAUGGCUCUCAAACGACAGAUUAACUUUUUAAUUUAGCGAAACACUAUUAGAAUGAUUGCAUAUUUUAAAUAAGUGUAGUCUAAACGGUCACGUAUCAUGCCACUCGGUACCUACAUCAAUGUAACUCCAUAUCAUAAGAUUAUUCUUCCUAUUGUACAUAUUAAAAUCAAUCACCAACUCACCAAUAUAUUUAUACACGCAGCGAACAAAUUUUAAAUAAUUAAUUUUAUAAAAAGAAUUAUAGGAACGUGUAUAUUUUUUCUAGAAAUUUAUUCUAAAACGCCAUUUAAUAUUCCGCUGCCCAGGUUUUAAAUAAGUCGAUGUUAGAUCUUAUAUUAUUCAGUCCAUGGAAACGUUUUAAAAAACAGCGGAAUUUUUAACAUUUAGUGAUAUCCUGUAUCUAUACAAAACUCGCAAAUUGUACCUACUUAGAGGUUAAUGCGCUCAUGAUUCCUUUCGUAAGUUUGUGACAAAUAAAAAUAACUCCAACGUCCUAUUAAUAUUUUAGAAAUAAUGUAUCAAAUUUGAAUGGCAAAGUUAAAUGGAUUUGCUGAAUAACAUAGAUACAGGUGUUCAUUUGUUAACUUGCUCAUCUGGUUACCUACUAGUUUAUAGACUUUAGAUUAUUCAAUUUACUUGAUUUUAACGUAUUUAAAGUGAUAACGCUGUAUCAUUAUUUAAAAACUCGAGCCAUAUGCUAAAACCGCUAUCGUAGAAUAAUAUAGUCUAAUAGGUGCUUCGAAAUAUGCUUUCAUUUUGCAAAUAUAAAUAUUUUUCAAACUUUUUUCAUAUCAUAAUGUAAAUACAUGAAAAGUUUUAAAUAGAUAUAUUCGUAAGAAAUAUCUGAGCUUCGUCGUUUAUUAUGUAUAAGCUAAGACUCAGUAUUUAAGUAUUUAGUGAUUUAUAAGGAUUUCCCGCCAUCCGGGAAGGUCUUGCGCAAUAAUUAUAAACUAAUUACUAUUAUAUGUACUAACGGAAUAGCUCUGUAAAUUUCACAUGUUACUAUAAUAAGUUAAAUUCAAA